GUGUGUGUAUUUUGGCUAAAAGCUAGUUUAGUUAACGCCAGCUCAACAUACAGACAAGUCCAACAGAUGUUAGAGCUUGUUGCAAAAUCGAAAUUUAUCAAACUGCAGCUGUUAAAAGUAAUUAACAUUUGAAUAGAAUAAAAGUUAAGUAUUAGAAAAAUGCGCUGCAUAUUGUUUGUGGCGCUGCUGGUGGCGCUGAGUGUGGCCGCCACAGAUGCCAUAGGUGUCAACCACCUGCCAGAGGCGUCGCUGAAUCUCAACGAACGUUUCUUCGACGAGGUCAGGGAGCUUAUCAAGCGACGCAUUGAGAGCAAGCAGCUGCCAAUGGCAGCCAGCGACGCGUUGGCCUUGCAGAAUCAACGCAGCUACGAGAAUGUGCCCAUUCCAGCGGCAAGUGUGCCCGUGCCAGUGCUGGUCGAGAAUUGGCCCACAGAUCAGCAUAGCUUUGGUCAGGUCACUGCUGUGUCCGUGGAUCCCGAGGGCAAUCCAGUUAUAUUUCAUCGUGCUGACCGCUACUGGGACGUUAACACUUUCAACGAAAGCAAUAUCUAUUAUCUAAUUGAGUACGGGCCCAUCAAAGAGAAAACUAUUUAUGUGCUGGAUCCCAAGACGGGCGCCAUCAAGUCCGGCUGGGGCUCGGAUAUGUUUUAUAUGCCACAUGGCAUGGCAAUAGAUGCGCAUGGCAAUUACUGGAUCACCGAUGUGGCAAUGCAUCAAGCGUUUAAGUUUAAGCCGUUUGACAGCAAACCGCUGCUGGUUAUAGGCAAACGGUUUCGUCCUGGCUCUUCCAUUAAGCAUUUAUGCAAGCCCACGUCGAUUGCUGUGGCCACCACUGGCGAGUUCUUUAUAGCGGAUGGCUACUGCAACAGUCGCAUACUCAAAUUCAAUGCAGCUGGUAAACUGUUGCGCAGCAUUCCACAGCCACCCGAAUUCUUGUCGCUGCAAGUGCCACAUGCCAUUACCUUGCUGGAGCAUUUGGAUCUGCUGUGCAUUGCAGAUCGUGAAAACAUGCGCGUUGUCUGCCCCAAAGCUGGUUUGAAGUCUUCACAUGGCGAGGGUCAGCCCGCUGCCACUAUACAGGAACCUGAUCUCGGACGUGUGUUUGGUGUAAGCGCCUAUGGCGACUUGGUCUUUGCUGUCAAUGGACCCACUUCCAUGCUGCCGGUGCGCGGCUUUACUAUAGAUCCACGCUCCGAAGCCAUCAUAGGGCAUUGGGGCGAGUUUAAGAAUCCACACUCCAUAGCGGUAAGCGUCAAUGGCUCCGCUUUGUAUGUCACUGAGACGGGCACCAAUCAUCAAACGAAUCGUGUCUGGAAGUACGUGCUGGCUUGAGGUUUGCAGCAGCAGCAGCAGCACCAGUCAAGGCAUAUCCACAAAUAGUAGAAAAUUCGAAUUCGCCCAUGCAAAACCCACACACACACACACAAUUAACUCUAGCAUAUUAUAUAGCGUAUGAGAAAGCACCAAUAGUUACAUUUCGCAUAAUUUAAAGCUAAACAAAUACAAAUACAAUAGUAUGUACUGUUAAAAGAUAAUGAUACCGUUUAAGUAUGUAAAUUUGCUUGACAAGAGAAAAAUACCACAACAAACAUAACCUCAAAAUCUUAUGUUUUUACUAGCACUGUAAUAAGCGCAUAUUGAAAUACAAUAAUUAAUUGAAACGGCUUAUACUACGAUUAUGUAUUUAGGCACUUGCAAACAUUUCUUAACAUAUAUUAGAAUCUUUGACGCUAUGUAACAUAUGUAUGUGUAUGUACUCUAAACCGCACAAGUAUAUAA